AUGGAACAUUCAUCUCCAUUGGCUGCUAUGCAGCCUCCAUCCAUGAUGUUUGGUCACUGUUUCCGGGCUGAUGCCCCCACGUCAUACCCGUCCUUGUCGGGAUUCAACCAGAAUAGCUUCAACUUCAAGGAUCUGUCUAUGAAGAAAUCUGGCCCCGAUUACUUCAAUAUGAACCCCCUCCACGGCUCGUCGCCCGCAGCUAGUCUGGCAGCCGACCUGUCGCAAAACUUCCACAUUGACCAGAGCCCGCAGUUGGCCACACCCCGGCGGUCUUUGUUCUCGUCCAACAUCUUGGGCCAAGCGAAUUCUUAUGUGCACUCCCCUUCACCUUUGGCGAGUCCGAUCUACUCGCCUUCCUACUCCUCAGCCCCCAGCCCGCUAGAGGCCUCUCCCAUGGAGGCUCCCGCCGAACGUCGCCGACCUCACUUUCUCCGCCCCAGUUUGGCGAAGAGCAAAGCUCAGUCCUUCCAGCUCGGUAUGACCCGUCCCACGCAGGAGAGCAAAGCACCACCAUUCCGCUUCAACUCUGCGAAGACCUCCUUGAGCACCUCGACUUCCCUGGAGGACAUGUUCGGUGACUCUCCCCCUCAAGAGAGAUCUAUCUCUCGUAACUCCUCGUCCAGCAGUCUGGCCCCGCCUCGUCUGCGGCCGCCUUUCUCUCACGCCCGUAGCACUGGGUCGCCUGCCAAUUCCAUCCGCAAGCCCGCUCACCCCUUGAUGCGCCCACGCAAGCAGUGCCGCCGCUCUUUGAGUAUGUUCGAACAUCCCGCCGACGUUAUCGCGAAACAAGAGGCCAAGGUAACAACAAAUGCACCCCCACCGUCCAUCAGUGACAUCCAAAGUUCGCCCAGCCUCCAGCUGCCUCACUUUGUCCCCGAGGACAAGGCGGACUCAUUGCCUCGCAUCAACCAGACCACCCUCCUGGAGGUUCUGGAUGGGAAGUUUAACGAUUGUUUCGACAAUGUGAUUAUUGUCGACUGUCGGUUCGAAUACGAAUAUGAGGGCGGCCACAUUGACGGCGCCAUCAACUACAAUGACAAAGACGCGCUGGCGGGGGAUCUCUUCAACGGUCCCAAAGCUCGCACUGCUCUAAUCCUACACUGUGAAUACUCUGCGCAUCGUGCGCCCAUUAUGGCCAAGUACAUUCGUCACCAAGACCGCGCGGUCAAUGUCGAUACUUAUCCCAAUCUUACAUACCCAGACAUGUACAUUCUGGAUGGCGGAUACAGCUCGUUCUUCGCUGCGCACCGGUCGUUCUGUUACCCGCAAAACUACGUCGAGAUGAAUGACAAAGAGCACCAGUUCGCCUGUGAGCGCGGACUUGGUAAGGUCAAGCAACGUUCCAAGCUGAACCGUGCCCAGACUUUCGCCUUUGGUCAACACUCGCCUCAAAUGGAGGAUAGCCCGACUGGCCGAUGCCGCAAUGAUCGCGCAGAUCGGCUCCUCUCCUCCCCCUUCGCCGAAAGCCCCGUGCCUCAUCGCACCCCCGGCCGCCGUAUGCUCUCUUACUGA